AUUGAACCAAGGACUCGGAUCAUAGAUUUAUCAUUCAUAACUCGAUAUCCUUGUCAAAUCUCUAUAUCUCUGUAUCUCCAUCUGUAAUCUUUAUCAUGUCCAGACAUAGGCUUGUACGAAAUAUGAACAUCCAUGAUGAAAUGGAUGACGAUGCAUUGUCCGACGGAGGAGACGAGUUGACUCCAGAGCAACAUGCUCAAAUGACGUCCGGUCUCGAACAAAUCAGGGAGAUCAUCGGAGACGAAGCAGUCUCAGGCCUCGACGACAAUGUCAUCAAGGACAUUCUAUGGGACGAGUACUUUAACAUAGAGAGCACUUUAUCUUUGUUGUAUGAGGAACAAGACCGAAGAGCAUCAGCCAAAAAUCGCAAAGUUGUUACCCCCCGUUUUGGAUCCCGUUUAUGGAACCGGCUACGCCGUAGACGAGACGAGGAACAGGAAGGGCGACCGGUCAGCAAUGACAUGCUACCAUCCGAGGGCGCGGAGGGUGGUUAUGAUGGACCGCAAUACGUGGCUGGACCAACGGGAUACGAAUAUUAUGACGGUGACUUGGACCGACCUCGGGUUCCCCUCAUAGUGUUGGCACAGCAAGGGCAACAUGAGGUCUACUAUCCCGAGGACUAUCCAGAAGAGGUUGACUCGGAUGAUAUACCGUUGGGGGUCUUGUCACGCGGCUCAAGGCUCAGCACCAUUACGGAGAUUACCGAGAGGACUGAACCCUCCCGCCACUGGCCUUCAAAACAGCAACUCGUAGCUUUGAAUAACCCACGUGCAUCAACGAUCACUGAUACCACGUCAUCAUACGGACAAGUUAUUGAUACUCAGGAGCGCAGUCCUGUGGCAGCGGAAUAUCCUGAGACGCCAAUGGACCCAAACUUCAUUCCUCCAUCCCCAUCUCCCUCUGCAGUCCGACGUCUUUCAAACUACGAAGCCGCGCCAUCACUUGCUACAUCACAAUCACAAUCAGAUGUGCAAACAGAGCCGCUUCCAACAGAGCGCGCAACUUCGCGUGCAAAAUCAUCCAACGUUCCUAUGCCACCCAUGGAUACUCUUCCCGAGAUAUCUGAUUUCCAGUCGAAGGCGAGCGAAAAACCGCUCCCUCCUAAGCCUCCAGCUAGCACUAAAACCUCGAAAUUAUCCAUGCUUGCGAGUUCCCGUGCAAGCACGAGGACUUCUCGCUCAUCUGAUUUGGACACGACUUCGAUACUCACAUACUCCGCUUUGCGACCCACCGCUGAAAGUCGCCUGUCACUCGCAACCACUGAUGCCACUACAAAACCACCACGUACUGAGAAAACACUUCCUUCUGUGAAAGCUCCGUCCACUACCACUUCUUCCAUGUCUUUGCAUGUCAAACAGGCCAUCAAGACAGCUUUGGAGCUAGAAGCUCAUGAUCGUGAAAGAGCUGCCAGAAUUUCGCCAAAGAGCGAGAGGAAUACGAUGUCUAGAGCUUCGUCAGUUUCUACUGUCAAGCCAAUUAUGCCACAUUCGCCACCUCGGGCCGACAUUACUCCAAACUUGCCAAUUGUGCGCCCAGAGCCUGAGGCAAAGGCUCGCCCUCAGUCCAAGCUCGCAGCGCUUGCCCAAGCAAAAGCCAGCGCUAAUACUAGCCUCAAGCCGAAGCUUGCAAAACCACCGCCUAGUUCACCUCCGAAGGAGCUUCCUAAACCUCAUACACAAUAUUUCACGCCAAUCGCAAAUGGAGCUACAGCUACGACUGCCAUAACCACGUCCUAUCAGUCGCUCCAAAGUCUUUCCAUGCCACAGACUCAGGAGUCUGCUCCAUUAGUCCAGAUGCCUGCUGCCGAGCCCAAGCAGUCCAAACUGGCGCUGAAAGUCAAGAAAGCGAGUGAAAAACCGCUGCCUGCACCUACUGACCAUGAUGCCCGUGUUAUCAUAACGUCUCCUUUGUUCCUGCCAAAGCCAACUAACCCUCGUGCGUCACCCUCGGCAUUCGCUUCUUUACUUCUCGAUGAUCCUCUAACACCCCCAUCUCCCGAAGACAAGGACACGCAUACGAUUCACAAGUAUGGAAGGGAGGUACCGCAACUUGUGAAGGUGUACGAGGCUCCCCAUUCUCAGAGCCGCUCCAGCCUCGGUCUCUCCCAGCGACACAAAUCCUCUCGCCCAAGGGCUGUACCACCGGAGAUGAAAGUACCCUUGGGAUUUGCUUUUGACGUUCCAAGUCCUGACGAUAUCGUGUUUAACGCUCGUCGAGGAACUUCUCUUGCGCAGAGACGGUGAACAAGCUCGCUUGUUCCCAGCCUCGUUUUUUGUUGUAUUUUUCUACUUGCAUUUUUAUUCAUCCAUUUCUCUGGAGGACUCUUGUUUGUUGUAGAAUUACGGGCUCUAAUGGAACUUUUUUGCUGAUUGUUACUUCAGCCGCGAAGGAACGCGAGAAGGCGGAGAAAGCGGCGCAGAAGAAGGCAGCGCAAACGCCUUCUUCGUCAGGCUAUACCACGCCAGUUUCUCAGGCCAUGUCUC